GUACUCAUAUAUCAUAGACAGAGUGAGCAAACUCAUGAAUAUCUACCCCUGGUUGCUUAGUUCACCAGUCGAAAAUCCUGAAAUUUGAGAGCGACAAGAAGUGUUGCGCCAACGCCUGAAGAUAAAUUUAUGAGAUGAUGUUGUUUGAAAUAAUAAUAAUGCAUUGAAUGACAUAGAAGGGAUCAUGCAAAUGUAAUUGUUCAUAGUGUUUCAGUUAAUGUAAGGAGAGAGCUUUCAUGGAGACAUAUGCUUCUGAUGCGGUUUGAAUUGGGGCUUCCAUUAGCAUCUUACGUCUCAAAUAUCUCCAGCAUUUCAUGAGAAUUCCUUGUAAUUGUCUGUGGGGUACUUCUAAGGGAGCACUGAUGGGAACACUUUAUUUGGAUUUUCCCUGAGACAAUAAAUGGAAUGACUAUACUUAAUUACAUUUUCUUACGAGCAAAACAAUCGCGUCUCCAGUAUUCACUUGUGACACACAUUUUCCUGUUUUCACACAAAUGAGAGGACUCAAAUAAUCACUCCCUUUGUUAAAGGAAGUAAGUAAUUUAAAGAUAUAAUUUCCUGAAUAACUCUUCCUUUUUCCUCUAACGAGGUAAAACCAGAAGUGAAUUUUAGUGACCAAGUUCAGAAAAAAAAAGGUAAUCAGGAGUAAGGCAAAAUUUUACUGAUUAGGAAUUGAAGGCAGCCCAAGGAUGAAUAAUUGCAAAGGGUUUUGAAGAAAAGAAAGAAAAUCACUAUUUACAGAGAUCCAACAAGGAUAUUUCAAGCAUUGAGUUAGAGACGUUAGAUGCUGCCAUCAAUUACUAAUUCUGAACUUCUUCUGCUUCACUUCUCUCAAAGUCGGCCAUCCACCUUGGAAUGAGUUUUACCCUGCAGGAGCUCUGAAGUAAUCGGAAGUGCACGUUAAGGGAAUGUCGCCAACUCGUCUGUCGUAAAACAAGAGGAUUACAACAGAAUAUGCAAAGCAAAGGGAAUUAGACUUAAUGACUGGAAGUUUAUUAGACCACGGUCAUGGCCUUUUGCUUUUGAUUCUGUUAAAAAAACAUUAUUUCUCGCUAGCAAUGAGAUGAAAAAUACCAGUGAAAGGCAAAAAUGUUUCAUAAGCAAAUCAUCUUGGAAGAAUAUUUCAGAGCUUAUGAAUGAAAUAAAAUAAGAUUGUGAAGCUGCUACUUAAAAGUUUAACCUUGUUACUUGUACAUCAAGAAAUACCCCAGCUUUGUCAAGGAAAUAACACGUGUAUGAAUAAUUCUAUCCAUGUAACAGAACAUGAAACCUUUUGACGAUCUUGGCAGUUUAAUCGUCUUCACGUCUCUAACUACAGAAUUUAUGAAUAUUUGUUUGAAUGGUGCAAAGCCGAUGGAUAUAUUAUAUUCCCUUGCCAUGAUGCAGGAUUUUGUAAGGAGAAGUAUCAUAUAUUGAAGGGUACUUUUGCAAAGCUGAAUUUUAAGCAAAAUUAGAGAAACAGGAUCACAUUUUGAGUGGAAUUCAGCCGCCUGCAACCACUUGUUCUGUUUAUUGCCUCUUCAUCGUAAUCAGUGCAAGAAUGUGCACACGAAGAGAGGCAUGAAAAAUAUUUGCGUUAAUGUGUGGCUGAAUCUUCGGGAAGUGGAUUGCUGCGAUGAUGCGUGAGGGUAAGUCCCCCUCGACAUUGUGAAACGACCCUCAGACAUCGUGGAGCCUGCUCUCUCUGAGACUCGCCCACCCUCAACGUUGCUCAGUCAGUUAACAGCCGGCCAUUGAUUUGCUGACAAAACUAGGGCCAAGAAUCUUGGAAUUUAUCGUAAUUUGGAGAGUAUAUUUUCUCUCCUUCGAUCAGCCAGAACAUUAGUUUUGCUGUCUGUCAUUGGGUGUUACAUGGAAUGUAAGGAACUUAAUGAACAUUGCAGGAGGACAGGAUCUUGCGAUGCUAUCGUGGAAUCAACAAAGGAUUCUUUUACAAGAUAUGAAGUAAUGAACUAUGUCCCUGUAAACUGCGAUGUGAAAUGCAUGGUAUAGUGAAUUAAUGCUGAGACGUAAAAGCAGUUGCAUAUAAAAGCAAAGAAAUGUUAUGUGCAGAGAGACUGAUGGGGUUCUGAAGUCAAGUCAUUAAAGUUGGCUUUGUUCUUCCAUUAAGAGAACACUACCUUGAGUGACACUAAGUUCACGUCAUUCAUUUGCGAGUGAACGUUCUCUGCCAACUCUUGCCUUUUUGUUUUUGAGAGCUAGGCAUCUAUGGAUGAAGGCAGGAAGCCCAUUCCUUUUAGUGGACGAUUUGCUGAAUUGUAAUGAAAAGAUCGCAGACAGUGAAAAAGCUCAUAGCGCAUUCUAUUCGAAAUGGGUGCUUACCGGUUACUGCUCUGGAAUAUUGACGAGUUAGAUGGUGGGUGGGUCUGUAUAACCUAGAUUGCCAGACCCAAUUUUCCAUCUCGUGUCUCUGAAUAACAGAUGAGAAAAACUUCUUGAAUAUCUGGAGCAAGAACCUCUCCCAAAAAUACGAAAGUGAGAAAAACCUGUGACUCAAUUCUCUCCCCCGUUCCACCUGUAAAUUGGAGGUGUAUUCAUCAGUUGGACACAGGUAGAAAAGUCUGAAACUAGAUUUGAUCUUUUACAGCAUUGCUUCUCUUCAGAGGGCUGUCUUGCUAAGGCACCUGUAAGGAAAGUUUCCCAUCUUUUUUUUCCUCUCGACGGAGGUUGAAAACAUGAAGAAGUUGAUCAGCCUGGGUAGGGUGUAAAUUACAAAGUUCGUGCCAGAGUCCUUAUGCGAGUGCAUGUCCGACAUGGGCCAUGCACUAGAGAACUUGAUACACUCCGAGCCAAGCGGCACAUGGGCAGGAUAAGGGUGGACAAAACAGAGAGACAGGGAGAGAAAAGGAGAGACCGAAUAGGAAAGGGAAUGGUGCAAUCCGAAAUCGAGACUGUUAAUACUAGCGGGGAAGAAAUCCACCUCGCUCAUUAGAAGAGAGCGAUCAAUACGAGCUUUACCAAACUUAAAUAAACGACUGUCACGCACAUUCCUCCAAAGUGAGGCAUCAGUUAACAAGGAGUUCUGCACAGCCCAAGAAAGCUGAGAAGAGCAAAUCGAAAAUGUAGUGGAUUGGUGAUAACUUUGUGGUCGUUGUGAGUAAAUUCAGUCGUUUAUUUGCGGACUGAAGAAGAAGAAAAAGAAGACAUCUACGGUAUUUGCCUGUCAAAGAUGCUUUUUUAUACUGAAAUUGGAGAGUGAUUUUGUCAGCAUUGUGGGGAAAAGACCACAGUAAAGUUCUCUGCUGUAUUAGAGGUUGAAUUGCACAUUUAAACCUUCGUUUGUCGUAUUGUGCUUCACACUUCAACUUGGGCGAACAGGGAACAUACUCUUUCUCGGAACCUACUCUUGUGAACAUUCUUGGAGGCGAAGCUUUGAAUAUAUUUCCUGAGAUCCCUGUCUACAGGGUUCUCAGCUUUUGGAGUAUCUACGAGGUGUUAACUUACUCAGUAGAAGCGGUCUGAACGCAUUUUGAAUUUGAUGAGAUGGCGCUUGUACUUGUAGCAGGCGUUUGGCGGCCAUGUUGAGGCCAGUUGCGUGCCAGGGAUCAUGGCUGCUGUACAUGCCCAAGAUCAUCUGCUCAAUGCACACCAGAGGAACAAUGAGCUGAUUGCGCAGACACACUUUGGAGACUGUGAAUGCUGUAUCUCUGUCGAAGUUGAGGUCAGUCAACAGAGGAAGUCCUUUGAAGCUUUAGAGAGGGACCUCAGUGAGGAGAGGCAGAAAUCAAAUCAAUUGGCCCUUGAUUUACAACAGGCGGUGAACCAGAAUGCAUUUCUAACCAAACAGUUGGGAGAUCUACACCGAAAACUUUCUCUUCUUGAUCAGGUACUAGAAGAAUGCCGUCAGUUGAGGGAAGACUUCACGGACCAGCGCCAAAUCCUUCACUCAACGAUCGCCGAGAGAGAUUGGCUCAGAGACUCUGUCAUCAAGUUAAACAGUGAUAUAGCACUGAUGCAGGCAUCUGAGGAAAAGCGAAAGCAGCUUGAGAGAGAUUAUGAGGAGGCGCUUAGAGACCUGCAGGAAAGGCAGAGUGAGAUCAGAAUGAUGCAAAUGGCCCAGGAUGAGGUCAUGACUCAGAACCGAGAUGUCGUGUCCAGACUAGAACACAAGGUCCAGAACCUGGAGAAGCAGUGGACUGAGACCCGUCAGAACUCUGGUAGGAACGCUGCCGAGCUGAGUGGGCUCCGCCAGCAGACACACUCACAGCUGCAGACGCUUGUGUCUUCCGGGUCGAGAUCAACAACAGGACAGAACCCAGGUCCAGCCACAGUCAGAAGCAAAGAAAUGGAGAAGGAAGAUUGGAAGAGGAUAGGGGAAGAGGCCAUAGUGACAAGGGCUCCCUCUCAGGUGACGGCAGAAGCUUCCGGUCCAAAACCAAAGUCACAAGAUGCAGCUGAUUUAUCACAAGGGUCUGAGAGCUCUCAAAGAUCAGCUGCCAGAAAUGGUCAGACGGAUUCUAUCAGUGAGCCAGGGGAUCUCUUAGACGAGCUCAGCGACAAGAUAGACCAGGUCUUGCUCAACAAACUUCACCACGCCUCCGUCUCCUCCGGACCAAUCAGCAAGCUGGCUGUCUUCAUCGCCCGCUACAACUACGAACCCUCCGCAGACUCCCCGAACGACAACUUUGAUUCCGAGCUUCCACUAACGGCUGGCGACUAUAUAUAUGUUUAUGGUGACCCUGAUGAGGAUGGUUUCUUUGAGGGUGAACUGAUGGAUGGAAGGAGAGGUCUAGUCCCUUGUAACUUCAUUGAAAGAAUAGCAGAGGAGAACCUUCCUGAUUUUAUGCAAUACAAUGGAUCGCAAGGAGAUGACACGGACAGCAGCAGUCGAAAGAUUGCCCCAAAGGCCACGCCCUUGGUUGCCAAGGUCCCGCCCAUCAAAACCACUGCCAUAGCAACCAGCGAAGACACGCCCAAAGCAUCUGCAAUGAAUGAAGAAGAAGAAGAUCCACUAAGUGACCUAGACUUCAACAGUGAGGAUGCAGAUGCAAGGCAUUCAAAUAUGAACCAUUUUUCAGGUGAUCUAGCUUUUGCAAGAGCUCAGAGUGAUCAUCCAAGUGACCUUGAAGAUAUCCCGGAGGUAGACGAAGAUGAUGACAACCAUCAUUCUAAUGCAGCUGGUCGCCGUGGUGAUGAUGGUAGCCUUGCGUCAUUCAGUGAUUUUGGCAGCGAUGUGUCUUAUGUUGUUCCUUGUCCUAGGAAGCUGUCCCUGGAUCGUCAGUUGAAGCACAGUGUCAUCAUGUCGUGGGUGGCACCUGACACAGUCACUCUGCAGGAGAUCCUAGAGUUCCGGGUCUAUGUGGAUGGCCAGUACCGCACUGCCACCAAGCAGGGAGCCAAGACCAGGGCGCUGGUGGAGAACGUGGAACCGGCGGUGACGUACAGGAUCUCGGUCCGCACUGUCACGGUUAAGGGCAUGUCAGAGGAGGCAGCCUGCAUGCUUAUCAUAGGCAGGGAUGCCUCAGUAGCUCCUACCAAUCUGAAGGCUUCCAGCGUUGGUCCUAGCUCAGCCAACAUCACCUGGCUUCCAGGAAACACCAAUCUUCCACACGUCAUCUCCGUCAAUGGAGAAGAAGUACGCAUCCUCAAACCGGGCAUCUUCAAGUAUUCACUUUCAAGUCUCCAGCCCCUCUCUGUCUACCGGAUCAACGUGAGGGCCAAGAGCCGCCGCCAAACUGCAGUGGCAGACAUCCCUCAAGCAAGCAAGAACUCUGUAGAGAUUGAGUUCAAAACCCUACCAGGAGACCCUUCUAAAGGAUUACCGGAUGCACCAUUAGACGUCCAGGUUAGACAGGCAAACAAUGACUCCAUGGUGUCUGUGGAAUGGUUGCCGGUUACCAUAACAACGUCGAGUCUUUCAAACGGUGCCGUCAUCAUGGGCUAUGCUGUCUUUGUCAACAACAACAAGGUGGCAGACACAAUGUCCCCUACAGCUGACCGUGUGAACAUUCCCAAGUCCAAGCUACGCAUGCUAUCAGCCCAGGAGCUGGUCGUGAGGACGUUGUCUCCCAACGGAUGCUCCAGCGACUCCCUGCCGGCCAAGGUCUCAUCGGAGCUCCUGGAAGAGUUGAGGAAAGACAAGAUAACGGGAAAGGUCGCACCGGGAGGCAAGCGUCCAAAGAAAGUCACCUUUGAUGACCCUCUUGCAAAAGCAGCUAUGUAUGCUAAUGCUGAUGACGAGGAUAGCUCUACUGGUAGUACAAGCAGAAGUCUCGGAGGAGGUCGGAGGUUGCCAGAUGAAGAAAGCAUGCAGAAAGGCAGCCCAAAGGGUGCUUUGAAAGCCGAGGGUUCUCCAAGAGAGGAUGCUCUCCCUCUUAAGCCCAUCAUGAAGACAGAAAAGUCAGGUACCUUCAGAGAAUCGGACUAUAUGUCGGACAGCGACCGUUCAGAGCUCUCUGACAUCCUGGAGGAAGUCGAGGAGGAGGUCUCAGAGUUUGGUAGUGCAAGCCUUCCCGGUCUUAGCGAUAGCAGCGAAGGGUUGCGAUCAUCAGGGAGGAGGAGGAUGAGAGGAGACGACGAGAAGAAAAAGGUCCAGGAGACACUUCAAGUACUGCAGUACAACACCAAGCCACAGCUAGACUUUGACACAGACCCAGAGGUGGAGUCGUUGAACAAACCGGACAAAGUGGUUCCUAUACCCAUCAUACGAUCUCAGAGGGACUAUGAGAGAGAGACGGAACAAUCCCCCCACAACCCAGUGGUAGAACCCGUGCCAUGGAAACCAGCCAAAAAAGUACCGCAAAUUGAAAUAACCAAAGAUGCCAAUAAUGAACACUUAAAAGCAGCUUCUCGUAAAACAGACUUGUACAAUCCUGAGAAAAGGACGGAAGUGAUACGAACGAGCCCGGUCUCGUCUGCCUCAAACUCAUUGCCAAUGGCCGCACCGAGGUCGGACCCACGGGUUCAACCAAGGACACAGGGUCAAAGGUCAAACGCGCAAUGGAACGCAUCCUCGGAGGCGAGUAGUAAUAGUGAGGUGGGAAGCUACGAUAAAAACUAUGACGCUAAGUCAAAUAACGAUAGGCAUCACCAUCAAGCAGAUGGGAGGCCGCAGAGUGAUUCAAGCAGUCAUCGACGAAGCGAUAGCAGCGACAGGAACCGCCACAGUCGACAUAGCGACAGUCGUCACAGCGACAGUCUACGGACACCAGAGAGCAGCCUCAGCCUGCAGAGGUCAUCGAGAGGGUCGCGGUCGGAGGAAACAUUUGAUGACGAGGAGGAGGAGGGAUUCUCGGGAAGCGAACCUGAAGAGUUGUUUGAUGAUGGGACAAUACGAUAUUUCAUUGCCAUAUUUGAUUACAACCCUGCUAUCAUGUCGCCUAAUAUUGACGGUGCUGAGGAGGAAUUAUUCUUGAAGGAAGGGGACCUCCUCAAGAUCAUCGGAGAUAAAGACGCUGAUGGGUUCUUCGUUGGUGAGAUGAACGGUCGCCGUGGUUACGUGCCAUGCAACAUGGUGGAGGAGAUUGAGGGUCCGGAGCAGACGCCCCUCGCCAAGAGAGGAGAUACCUCACAGGGCCACGAGAGGUCGAGAUUCAAUGACAGUCUGAACACAACUGGUAGCAGUCAAGUCAACAUGUACGACAGCCUCCCUUCCAACGGGCAGCUGGUGCUUCCCAAGGAGGCAUUGGCAACACCCCACCGUAUGAGGGCGCUGUUUGACUACAACCCGCAGGAGCUGUCACCGAACCCCGACCUUGACGUGGAGCUGAGCUUUCGUCAGGGAGACAACCUGAUGGUCUAUGGAGAGAUGGACGACGAUGGCUUCUUUGUGGGGGAGCUCCGAGGCAAGAGGGGUCUUGUGCCUUCCAACUUCCUGGAAGAAGUGUCAGACAUCGACUCGAGCACGACGUCACGGUCCUACAGUCCUGCCUUCAAUAGAAACAAAGAAAACAAACACCAAUCGCAACAAUCUACCAAAGACAAGUACGCAGUCCCAGCCCAGCAGCAGGAGAACGGCGAAGCGCAGUACCACGGGAGUGAGGUGACGCCCGUCAUCUCCGACACGGCGGAACAGACGUCCAUAACGUCCACGCCUGAACACUCCAAGAAGAAGAAAGGGCUGCUCUCAAAGGGCAAGGCACUCUUCAAGAAACUGGGAAGCUCUGAUAACAAGCAAAAACAUAAAUGAUCCGAGGAAGUGUCAAUGAUGAAGGAAUUGCCGUCUUGGUGAUAGCUCAGGCAACAUGUGGAGCGAUCUGAAGGUCGGAGGCCAUGAACAACCGGAGGGGAUACCCCUGGUUUCCAUGUCCGUACACAACAGUGAUGACCGUCUUGCAGGGUGUAGGAUCUAGCCUUCAAGUUGAACCCUUUCAGGUCUUCAGUUGACAUCCUCCAAUGACAGAUGCUGAUGAUUUCCAAGUCCAAACACCACAGGAAAUAAGGUGUGCUUGCCUUGAUGGCUAACACUCCUGAAGAACGUGGGGGUACCCAGGAUUAAGGUGUUCGGACAGAAGGGUUCCAGAUCUCAUUCAAAGCAGUUGUCAAAUGACUCGGUAUGGAGAGAAAAUGAUGCCAUUGUCCAGAUGUUGAAGGAAAGACUACUUAUCUGGUAUGAAGUACUCUUUAAUAUACAGGAAAGAGAGACUGCUAAAACUAGGAAAAGUACUAGAGUUGUUGCAAGAGAGGCCAUUUUCAAUUCUGAAGAAUUUCUGGCUCUCUAAGAUGAAAUUAUUCUUGGACAUUCUCACAGGGUUGUCUGCUUGAUAAGCAGGUGAUGAAAAUGUGCCAAAAUUUAAGAGAAAAGCUCAUCAUAGAAGUUUUUGAAACUUUUGUACCAAACAAUCUUUAGAUAUUAGGGCAAUCCUGAGACAGAUACACAUACAUAUAUGUACUUUUGAAAUGCUAGCAGCUGUGAUAUGGUUGUAACUAGAAAGAUGUAGAGAGAGGGAGAGGGGGAUAGCAUGAGGGAGAGAGGGAGAAAGAGAGAGAGAGAGAGAGAGAGAGAGAGAGAGAGGGAGACGUGGGAUUAUAAUAGGUAAAGAAUAUAAGACUUAAAACAAUCAUUCUACAUCAAGAUCUUACUUUUGUCUGUUUCUCUUUCUAUCUAAAUAUUCAUUAUAUCUAUCUGUCUCUGUCUCUCUCUCUCUCUCUCUCUCU